AUGACCUCCGGCCACGCUCCCGACCCGGAGCCGGCGCGCUCCAGCUUCUCACAUACCGCCCACGAAACAACCCCCCUCCUGCACCACGUCCCCCCCGACCCCAUCUCACCCCAUUCCCCAACCCAUCCGUCACCCUCACAUUCACCCUCACCCUCACCCUCACCCGAAACCGACGAAACCACCAUCCUCCCCACGACGCCCCUCACCCCCACCCGCCUCUGGCUGACCCUCUGCGCGACAUGGGUCGGCGUCUUCCUCGGCGCCGUCGACGCCUCCAUCAUGGCGACCCUCUCCGCGCCCAUCGCCAGCGAGUUCCGCUCGCUGAGCCUGCUGUCGUGGCUGGCCACGGCCUACCUGAUCGCCAACGCCACCUUCCAGCCGCUGUCGGGCCGGCUGACGGAUAUCUUUGGCCGCGGGCCGGGGCUGGUGUUUAGUAAUGUGAUGUUUGCGGUGGGGAAUCUGGUGUGUGGUCUGGCGCGGGAUGAGGGGGUGAUGAUCCUGGGGAGGGUGGUCGCGGGGAUUGGGGGUGGUGGGUUGAUGAGUAUUAGCACGUUUUUGGGGUCCGAUUUGGUGCCGUUGAAGAAGAGGGGGGUGGUUCAGGGGCUGGGGAAUAUUGCGUAUGGGACUGGUGCGAUGCUCGGCGGCGUGCUGGGCGGCUUCAUCAACGAUACCUCGUCGUGGGGCUGGCGUCUAGCGUUCCUCAUCCAGGUUCCGGUUAUCGCCGUGUCGGGCCUGCUGGUGUGGUACCUCGUCGACGUCCCGCCCAAGGUCUCCAACAAGUCGCUGCUUGCGCGCAUCGACUACCCCGGCUCCUUCUUGACCGUCGGCUUCCUCGUCUUGGUGCUGCUCGGCCUGAACGCCGGCGGCAACGUCCUGCCCUGGACCCACCCCCUGGUUCUGACCACCAUCCCACUCGGUGCUGCCAUGCUAGUUGCCUUGAUAUGGUGGGAGAGCCGGGCAAAGCAGCCCAUUAUCCCGGUCCGCCUGCUCCUCGACCGGACCGUCCUCAACGCCUGCGUAACCAGCUUUCUGUCCACGAUGGUCACGAUGAUGAUCAUGUACUACCUCCCUCUGUACCUGCAGGUACUCGGUUAUUCCGCCACCCAAGCCGGCAUCCGCAUCCUAUCAUCCUCCCUCGGCGUCUCCGUCUCGUCCGUCGGAUGCGGUCUCAUCAUGAAGAAGACCGGCAGGUACGUCGGUCUCGGCAUCGCCACUCUCCUGGUCUCCACCACCGCCAUGUCCCUCACCGCGACCCUCGACGAGAAGGCGCCGAACUGGGUCCCCUUCGUGGCCAUGGCCCUCCUCGGCGUGGGCUACGGCGGCAUGCUGACCGUGACGCUGCUGGCGUGCAUCGCGGCGGUCGACCACACGCACCAGGCCGUCAUCACCUCCUCGACCUACCUCUUUCGGUCCGUGGGCGCGACGCUAGGCAUCACGGUGGCGUCGGCCGUGUACCAGAACAUCCUGAGGGCCCGCCUGUGGGAGCGGUUUGGCGACCUGCCGGGCGCGGCCGAGGAGAUCGAGCGCAUCCGCGACGACCUGAGCGAGCUCACGAGGCUGCCUGCGGGUUGGGACGACGGCGUGAUCAAGUCGUUCAUGGAGGCCUUCAGGGGCGUGUGGGUUGUCGCGCUUGCUCUGACUGUUGCCGCCUUGAUUAGCAUCUCGCUGAUGAAACAGCAUAAGCUACACGCGAACCUGGCUCGGCAGGAAGAAUAA